AUGGCACUCCUAAGACAAGCAUACUAUGCCACAAGUCCAUAUCUAGCCACCACCACUGCCACCUGCAGCCAGCCACCCUUCGCUAGCCACCACUACCGGCCACUAUCGUCGGCCACCACCUCCGGCCACCCUCCGCUGGGCACCUGCCGCUGGGCACCACCGCCUCCACCGCCAGCCAACCGCCUCCGCCACCACCGCCUGUAG